CAGAAGAUUGCCUGGCUCAGUGCGAUAAUGACUGCAAAGCUUACUGCUGUGAUGGGACUACUCCCUACUGCUGUUCCUAUUAUGCCUACAUUGGGAAUGUCCUUUCAGGCACAGCGAUAGCUGGAAUUGUUUUCGGUAUAGUAUUUAUAAUGGGAGUAAUUGCCGGGAUUGCCAUCUGUAUCUGCAUGUGCAUGAAGAGCAACCGUGGGACUCGAGUAGGGGUCAUCCGAACGACGCACAUCAACGCUAUCAGCACGUUCCCAGUGGCUCCACCACCAUACAGUUACGAAUAUGAAAUGGAGUACCCAGCUGACCUACCUCCACCUUACACGCCAACUCCACAGACUUCAAUACAGUAUCCCCCACCCCCUCCAUACCCGGGAUAUUCAGGAAAAUAA